AUGAACUCAGCAACAACGACUUCCCCGAUCCUGCUUUUCGUUCACGGCACCAACUUCUGCAAAGAAAUUUGGAGACCGAUCGAGCAUCAUCUCAAGGAACUGCCGCUGUUGAAUGUCCUACCCGACGUCCAUUUUGUAAGCAUUGACCUCGCAUACCAUGGAUCCAACCGCGAUGAGAGUAUCCCUGUUGUUGUCGAGAAAGAGGUGGGCAUCGCAAAACAUCCGGCCAACAACCUUGUCACUUUAAACACCGGGAUUAUUAUUCGUGAAGUGCAACGGCUUCGGUCCAUGCUCGCACUUUGGAACGCCGAAGUGCAAAACCCUGGAACGUUUGGAGGAUUGGUACUGUUCGAGCCGUACGUCCACAAACCCGGACCUCGUGACCCUAAGCUCGAACGCUACAUUUUCAACAUUGCCAUCAAACGGAAGCACCGAUGGGAGACCCGUGAAGCUGCCGAAACGUACUUUAAAAACGUGAAAGCUUUUAAAACUUGGCAUCGAGAAAGGCUGGCCUGCUUGCUCGAGGGAGCCCUUGUUCCGGAGAAGGAAGGGUCAGAAGCUGUAGUGCUGGCGUGUCAUCCGACAAUCGAAGCGGCGGCUUAUUCCGGAGAACGACUAUGGUUGGGUGACGAGGAGCUAUCGAGUCUGUCGUGUCCGGUUACUUUUCACAGCAGCGAUGACACGUGGCUAUUUGACUAUGAUCACUUUGCACGUCUCGAGCAAAAGUGGCCACACAUAUACACGAACCACCCACCGAUGAAGAACACAACGCACAACCUCAUCAUGGAGAAGCCGAAGGCUUGUGCGAAAGCAAUCCACGCAGAUCUUAAAAAUCUGGAAUGCUUCAGGUUUUCAAGUUUAAACCUAUCGUACUGCAAGACUCGUCACGCUCUUCGCCGUGACGAAUCUGUUUUGAUGGAUGAGGUUUUGCGUGCCAUUUUAGAAUUUGCUCUUCUAGUAACAGCUAUCCGCAACAAAAUGGUGAUGCCAACGAAAUCCCCGCUCCUGCUGUUUGUACACGGCACCAAUUUCUGCAAGCGAGUCUGGAAGCCAAUCGAGAAUCAGCUGAAGAAGUCCCCGCUAUUGCAACAUGUGGAAUUUGCAAGUGUGGAACUGCCAUUCCAUGGGGCAAAAAGAGACAACAGUGUGCGUGCACUGGUUGACGAAGUAUCACUUACUGUCGAGCAUCCGGCGGGAAACUGGGUGGUCCGAAAUACUGCCGAGAUCCACCACGAGAUAUUGCAAUAUCAGCAACAGGAAGUCGAUUCUGGCUUUGGGCGACGACCACUUAUUGGAGUCGGCCACUCGAUUGGGGCAGCUACCCUCUGA